AUGCGGUGUGGCGGCGUGUCGCUGUGGGGGCUGCUGUGCCUGGCGGUGGCCGUGGCCGGGGGUCGCCCCGUGCGGCUCGAGAGGGUCCGGGCGGACGCGCGGGCCCUGACCCGGACCCUGAGCACGCGGCUGCAGCAGCUCCAGCUGUUCCCGCUGACCCUGCGCGUCACCGGCCUGGAGGGGGUCCCGGAGGGGGGUCUCCCGGAGGGGGGGGUCGCGCCGGGGCUGGGCUGGGCCGCCCAGCGCCUCCAGCUCUUCCAGCGGCUGCUGGCGGCCCUGCCCGGGGGCGACCUGCGCCUGGCCCAGGUGGCCAACGACCUGGAGAACCUGCGCAGCCUGCUGGCCGUGCUGGGGGCGCUGCUGGGCUGCCCCCCGCCCCGCGACCCCCCCCCCGGCGGCAGGGGUGACGCGGGGACACGGCCCCGGUGA